GUAUUGACAAAAAAGGAAGUAUGCCAACACUGGAUUAGUUUCUUUUAUCCAAAAUCCAAAACAAGUCGGAAUUUCGAAUUCAGUUCAGUUCAGUUUAAAAUUUAGUGUUAACAGUUGAUUGUUAUAAAAAAAAACCAGUAGUAACCAUUUCAAUAAGCAAUAUUCUCUUCAUUUUUUUUUCAACACAUUUUCUACCAUCGUUAAGGUUUCAAAACACUAAUAAGCAAUGGCGACUGAUAUUAAGACCAAUGAUUCUAUAGACGUCAAGGAAGAAGAUCUUUGGAAAGCUAGCUUUGACGUGUCGGAAAAGUCUUCAUUAGAUGAAACGGAAUUCCAAUGCUCCAGUAAUCCAGCGACGAACGAGACAGGCUCGACGCAUUUAAAGUGUGAAAACCAGGCUCAAGCAAGGAUGUUGUUUGUCAACCAAACCUGUUCAAGCCCUACCAUCAAAUCUGAGACAGAAGAUUUCAUUGUUAUAGAAGACAAAUCUUGCGAUAUGCCCGAUGGAAGUUUUACUGAAAUCCACGCGCUAGAAAUCCACGACUCAAUAGUAAUCAAAGAGGAAGAUGCUUGGAAAGAUAAUCUAUACGAUGGAGAUGGAGUUUCAGACAUGGAAGUAGAUUCAAAAAUAAAGGAACAAAGCAACAGCAAAACCACGAUCGUAUCUGAUCAUCAACGAAAACACUCUUGCCAUUUAUGUAAUGAAACAUUUAAUGUCAAAGAUCGUCACUUUGUUACGGUACACCCGAAUCAUCCGCGGUUCCAGUGUAAGUUCUGCCAGGAAGAGUUCCUGUUAUUAUCAAUAUUCCGCAAUCACGAAGAAACAUGUCCGGCCGAUCCUUCUGUGGACAAAUUUUCUUGCAAAGGAUGCGGAAUUAUAGUCUCCUCCCUAGCUAUCCUUUCCCAGCACAUGCAGAACGAACAUUCUGUGAAGAAGGACUUUGCUUGUGAACAUUGCGACUGCAAGUAUGAACAAAAGCCGUCGCUGAUUCUUCAUCAGAUGGCAGCCCAUGCGGACAAACGACAGUUCGAGUGUAAAUCUUGUGGCGAGCGAUUUUCCCUGGAAAGAAAGUUCGAACUGCACCGAAGAAGAUGCGUAGCUAGAAGCGAAAAUCUGUCAGAGAAGGAUCCUGACCCUGCUUUAACCAAUAUUAAUGGAAACAAUAACAGUACUGUCAGUGAUACUGGAAGAAUGUUGAAAUCGUUCAAAUGCAGUAAGUGCGUGGCCAUAUACACUCGAGAAAAUGGUCUGCAAGACCAUUUCGCAGCGGUACAUUUGAAAAGACCUAGGUAUGGGUGCGAGUUCUGCGGAAAGCAAUUUUUUGGAGUGCAAGGAUACAGGAAACACCGUCAAAGAGACCAUUCGGAUGUUUACAAAGCUCUACUGAAAAAACGUCAAGUCGGAAGACUUCCUCUAAAUAUGCUUUUCAAAAUGAAAGGGUGCACAGUUGUCGAAGAAAACUCCGAAGAGCAAGACGGACCGCCACAGACCGAAAAAAAAGGACAUUACGUGGCUCCAGGUCGAAAGAGCUAUGAUUACACCAAAUGUAGUGCCAAAUUUUCGAAGAAGAUACCUUUGGAAAACCACUUUGGUAUUGAUCAUAUAAAAAAACCCAGGUUCGAGUGUGAAAUUUGUGGAGCAAGAAUGUACAAUCAGAAAUCAUACAUCACCCAUCGGCAGGGGAAACAUCCAGCAGAAUAUAAUGCAUUGGAGAUGAAGCACAGACCCAAUCCUGUUCCUACGAACUAUCUGUACUUGUUAGAUGGUUGUCAAGUUGUCUCAAUGCUGGAAACAUUCAAAUGCGACACAUGCGGAACACAGUUUUCCAGCGCAAAAUUGCUCAAUCUACACGUUAAGACGUAUCAUUCGGCGAAGAAAGUCUUCAGCUGUGAUAAGUGUGACCAAAAAUAUCUCACCAAGGAGAGCCUGGAACGGCACGUCAUCUUAGAGCAUAUAAAAAAGCCUCGGUUCGAGUGCGAGUAUUGUGGUCAACAAUUUUUUACCAAAUGGAUAUAUUGCAACCAUCGUAAGCGAACUCAUGCAGAGCAUUACAGAGAAUGGGCCAAACAACAUAAGUAUUUCCAAAAUCCCCCAAACACACUGUAUGAUCUUCCCGGUGUAUCGAAAACGUUGCCAUGCUUGUUCUGUGAUUCUAAGUUUGAAAACAAGCAUCAGUUAGGUUUCCAUGUGCGGAUGUUACAUCCGGAAACUAAAACGGAUCGGCAGCUAGUUUGCGAAGCAUGUAAUCAAACGUUUCCCUCUAAGUGGUGUUUGGAAACGCAUUACGCGUCACAGCAUGUUGGUAAACCACAGUACGAGUGUGAGUUUUGCGGUAAACCGUUUUUCACUGCAUCGUCUUAUAAGGCACACCGGCAGCUUAAGCACCCAGUAGAAUAUGCUGAGAGUUUGAAGAAACAUGACCGUCAAAAACACGUUCCGUCCAAACGACUGUUUAUGAUGAAUGGUUGUAACGUGGUCGAAAAUGUUGAUGAGAGCGAAAUUAAGGUGAAAUAUGAAUCAAUGGAAUCGGUAUAAGACAAGGACUCGAAAAAUGCUUAUCAAUAAUAUGUUAUAGUUGUCACCUAUUCAUUAGAUGUGUAAUUACUUUAACAAUCCGAAUUCUCAUGAACCAAUUAUAAAUUUAGUUGGAAUGUAUAUCGGAAACUUGGCAGGCCUCCAAUUUGUUACUUUUCGGGAGACACUAAUACCGUUUUCGUUUUUCUUCACUGGCUCGGGGCAAAACUUUCUCUGAAUAAACAAACAGAAUCGUCUCCCGGGACGAUGCAAAUAUAUGGUUGC